AACAGAGAACGACACCAGCUUACCCCAAAACCCGCACGAUGCCCACCGCAAGCCAGGCAAGUAGAGAGGGCCGGGCCCGGCCUACACAAGGCAGAGCGCCAGAAUACCAGUGGCCAUUACAGGCAGCAUGGCGCUGCGGAGCAGAGAACCACCAAGGCAUCCCGCUAA